GUUCGGCUGUUUUGACGUGACGUUUAUUGGAUACAAACGGACAGACAAACACAAGGACAAGAAAUUAGUGUAUUUAUAGAUAAAGAUUAUCAUUAUACGUACUUUCAAGUUUAUUUAUAAUCAUGAAAACAGUGAAUAAAAAGUCUUUAACUCAUCUUGAAUUUAGAGACGCGCUUGAUAUUUUUAAAAAUCUGGAGGGAAAAUCUAAAAAAAUACCUCAGAUUUUCGAUGAUAUCGAGAUUACAAGGAGGAAAUGCAUCAAUUUGAGAAAGAAAUGCGCAGGAAUUGGCAGUUCACUGGAAACAGGAAAGAGUUUUAUACUGCAACGGGUUAAUUUGGAUGAGUUGGUUAAAAGUGAAAAAUACGAAACUGAAUUACGCUUGGAACUUCCUAGAACUAUGGAGGAGGACGAAAGAUUUUCUGGAUUUGAUGCUUAUAAGAAUAUUAAUAGAUGUUGUCCACAGGUUGAAGCAGAUUCAGUGAGCCUGGAAAAACUUGCUGAAGGAUUUCUAACAGAUGGGGAUAUUCACCGGAUACCCUGUAAUAUUGGAGCAGAAACAUUUAGGGAUUCGUUUAUCAGAUUUAAUAGUCCAAGUAUUCUGGAAGGAUGUACCAAGGAUUGGAAAGCAAAAGGUUGGACAGUAAAGGGCUUGCUGGAAAUAGAGGAUGGAGAAAAGGACUGGAUAACGAACUUUGCAACGAAGAAUGGAGAUGUGGUAGAUAUACAGGAGCAGGGGAAACCUAGGAGAGGGAAGGAGGUACUAGAAAUGUUAAAGAACAAUUCAGUAAUUCGUAUUUUUGAUCCGUUGGCAGAGCGAACGUCCAGGUUGAGAAAAGAAACUAAUUCAUCUACUCCAUCAGAUAAACUGGAGCUGAUGAGUCAUUACAAAGUUCCUUGGAGCAUACCUGAAGACUUGUUUAAGAGCUGUGGUGUUCUAACUGAUUAUCAGUGGAUAGCUAUCAGCUCUUCUAAUACAGGAACAGAUUUGCACCUUGAUCCUGUGUUAACCAGCGCUUGGAAUACUCUCUUGGCAGGAAGAAAGCUUUGGGUUGUUUUACCGAAAGACAUUGAGAUUAAUCCUUUAAGCUGUGAUCCUUCAUGUUCCUACCAACAGGACCUGUCAUCUGUAUCCUGGUUCCAACAUAUUCUGCCACAGAUCAGAGACAGGAAAUGGUAUGGUCAGCGAAUCCUGAAGUUCAUACAGUACACAGGAGAUACGCUUUAUAUACCUUCAAGGGCUGGUCAUGCAGUUCUGAAUAUAGAUGAAACUUUUGCUGUUUAAGGCUGGUCAUGCAGUUCUGAAUAUAGAUGAAACUAUUGCUGUUUAGGGCUGGUCAUGCAGUUCUGAAU